CCGGCAAUGGAAUCAGAAGUAUUUUAUUUGUUUGACAGGAUAACUGCAACAUUCUCACAUAGCCAAACAAGAAACAACCCAUUAUUCUAAUUUCCACACCAACCCAUGAACAGAAUUAGAGCUGACCUACUUACAAGAAAAAGAAUCGUUGAACAACAAUCAAAAUAAAGAAACAAUAAAGUGACCCACCUUAACCAUAAUCAUGAUUGAUACUUUCAUACUCACUUAAACUCCCCCGAAUCUAUAUUUUAUAAUUUUAAUUUCAUAAAAUUAAAAUCAAAAUUAAAGAAUUAGUACAAUUUCAAAACCCCAGUCACUCCGCAUUCCAUGCUAGAAAGCUACCCAAUUCCUGCUCUUCUGCUUCCGACGUGCUCCCCUCUAAUACCCUCCAACUCCACUUCUUCAAUUUUUUCAUUCUCAAUUUGUCAUUUUCUUUAGUGGGUUUUCCUAAUUUUUUCCAUACCAAACCCAAACAAAGACCUUGCUUUUAAUUUUACCUGUCUUUUUCUGUUGAUUAUACCCUUUUAUUUUGAUAUUUCUUCACUUGGGUUUUUCCUAGAUUUUUGGGAGUUUUCUUUGCUUCUAUUUUCAAGUCAGCUGCCAAAUUUUGGUGCAAAAAAGGUUGAAACUUUGGGUGUUUUUUGGUGACAGGAUCCUAUAAUCAAGGAUAAAGAAUUCUGAAGUUCAUUGUUCUCCUCCAUGGAGACUCUCACCUCUGCCGCAACUCUGCCUAUACAUCAUUGGACUUCCAACUAUGAUGAGACAUCUAUGCAUCAAAGUCUACUCUUUGCUGACAGUCUUAAGGAUUUGAAGAAUUUGCGAACUCAGCUGUAUUCAGCGGCAGAGUACUUUGAACUAUCUUACACAAAUGACGAUCAAAAGCAAUUAGUUAUUGAGACAUUAAAGGACUAUGCCAUUAAAGCUUUGGUGAACACGGUAGACCAUUUAGGUUCAGUGACUUAUAAGGUAAAUGAUCUUUUGGAAGAAAAAGUUGAAGAAGCCUCCGAGACAGAAUUUCAUGUGUCAUGCAUUGAACAGAGAUUACGCACAUGCCAAGAGUAUAUUGAUCGGGAGGGCAUGGCCCAGCAAUCAUCAACUAUAGAUACACCAAAAUACCAUAAAAGAUAUGUCUUACCAGCUGGUCAGACCAUGAACAGCAGCAAUCUUGCAAAUUUGAAAUACAGAAGUUGCGGCAUAGAUGAAGAUGACUGGUUUCAAUUCCGGAGUGCUAUUAGAGCCACAAUAAAAGAGUCACCAUCCUCAUUAAGAGAGACGCCAUCCUCAUUAAGAGAGACGCCGUCCUCUAUUAGAGAGACACCAUCCUCCAUUAGAGAAACAUCGUCCUUUAUCAGAAGAGGACGCUCUACUUCGCCUGCUCCUCGACCAUCCCGGUUACCUGGAUCAUUCUCUUUCACCAGCUCCACACCCAAAAAAGAACAAGACAAAAGAUCAGUUUCACCACAUCGGUUUCCUCUUUUGCGUUCUGGGUCUCUUGCUUCAAGACCAACAACACCAAAAUCCAGUAGGUCAACAACUCCAAAUUCUGCCGUUGAAAGACACCGGUAUCUUUCAGAGUCAUGGAAAUCAGUCUCUAUGCGAGUUCAUGAUGAGAAGGAGAAGCCAAAGGAAAUUGAGCGCCACCCCAGCAAAAGUAAGCGUCUGCUCAAGGCAUUGCUCAGCAGACGGAAGUCAAAGAAAGAUGAAACAUUAUUUACUUAUUUGGAUGAAUACUGAUAAACUAUGAGAAUUUGCCCAGAAAGAAGCUCCAGAAUACGGUUCAUGGGCAGUAUUUUGCAGUUAUUAUUUAUUCUAAUAUUUACACGAGAAAGUAAUUGUAAUUUGUUCCACAUAAAAUGUGAGAUGUGCUAAAGCCAUCAUUCAGCUGCUAUGUAUCAUAUGUAUUACAGUACUUCGUAUUACUGAAUUUUAUUGGUACUAAUACAAGGUCAUUCACCCUUUACGAUAUUAAUAAUAAUUAAGAAAAAGAGAUAAUUACCACCUGUCACAUCAAAUUCAUUG